AACAUCUAAUUGGCGGUCACUUAAAUGUUGCGCCACUAGCCUCUGACGAUCACUUAAUUGUUCAUCGAGCCUCUUGUAACUCUCACUCCCGGCACCGCCGCUUCUCGUUUCUCAGCGCUCGGGGGGCGCGCACGCUCCUGCGUCAUGACGUCAGCCACUGCAACGGGCAAGAUGGCGGUGAGCUGUGAAUGUGUUCCUGAAUUAACCGCCCGCCUCAAGGAAUUAACUCGAGACUGUCAAAAGGAAGAGUUGGCGCUGGUUUCCAUGACACCGAUCCAGAGUUUGACCAUCGCGUUCAAAGAACAGCGUAAUAGGAAGGAGGCAACACAACCUUUAUUUGAAACUUUCGUAAACAUCCUCACGGCACAGUUGACUGAGAUAGAGGUAUUCACUGACAAUCCUGACAGUAACAGGAACAGACAACUUGAAGCUUGUUUGCGGCUCAUUGCUGAGUGCUUCCGAUGUCUUAGAAAUGCUUGCAUACAAUGUGUAAAGAACCAGUCUCAUGGAAGGAAUGUAGGAUUGUUUGAACCAACUAUUCGGAUUCUCGACUUGCUUCACGGGUUAAGAUUUUCCCAGAGUGAUGAUUUGUUGGCAGCUAUUCGAUGCGGCCUUCAGUUCCUUGGAAACUUUGUAACUGGCAAUGAAGAGUCUAAGCAUAUUCUGUGGAAAAGCGCCUUUCCAGAUCUUUUUCUGCACUACCUGACUCAAUCCGAUAAGAAAGUUGUUACCUAUUGCUGCAUGGUUCUGUUCACCUGCCUUAAUGCCGAGAGAACAGCUGACCUAUUAAACCACACGAAAGGGGUUGAACUGGCUGAAGCUGUUAUCAAGAUAUGCAAGAAAGAACCUGAACUAGAUUGGGCAUUUCUGAUUAUGACAGACCAAUUUCUGAAAUGUCCAGACUUGAUGGCGGAGUUGUACAUAAAAUUGAAUAACCACGAAAGGAUUGUUGUAUUGGAUCUGAUUUCUGUAAAGUUAAGUGAGAUACUGGGAUGUCCAGCUGGCAGUGAUGACUUGAGUGCUCUUAUGAAGAUGAUGCAAUUCUUGGCAAGCUGUUUCCUAGAAAAAUGCAUGGCAGUAUUGAAAUUCACCUCUGCUACUGAGGAAGAGAAUGAGGAAGCCUUCAUUGUAAUCAGGCUCCUUGAUAUUCUUUGUGAAGCAACUUCAAACUAUGAAAAGUUCAGUUAUUUGCAGAAUUCACCUGGUCUGCUAGAAACCGUUGUUGAUCUUUUAUAUCAGACGCAUCUUGCAGGCAAACAGCAACAGAAUAUUUUCAGCAUAAACCAAUCUUUAUCAUUCACUGACCAGACCUUCCACCCUGCUGUUGGUUUUAAAGCUCAUUUGAUCCAUCUCAUUGGAAAUCUUUGUUAUCACAACAAUGAAAACCAAGAUAAGAGAACAAAGAAAGGAUUGACUCUCCAGCAUCUGCAGUUCUCACCAUCUCUAAGGAUUGCUAAUUUACAGGUCCGUGAAUUAGGUGGUAUUCCAAUCAUUCUGGACAACUGCAGUAUCGAUGACAACAAUCCUUUUGUGAGCCAGUGGGCCAUUUUUACCAUUCGAAUCCUUACAGAACAGAACUUGAAGAAUCAAGAAGUGAUAUCCCAGAUGGCAUAUCAGGGUGUGGCAGAUAGUGCCAUGCUAAACAACAUGGGAUUGCAAGUUGAAGAACAAGAUGGAAAGCUUUAUGUGAAGUCCCAGGGAAAGAGUUCAUAGUGAGAAGGGUUCCGAAAACAUUGCCAUAACAGGAUUUAUCAAUCUGUUUUUCCAAUCAUUUGUCACACCGAGAAAAAUGUAGACUGAGAACAAAAGUAGAAUAUAAUACUACUUUAACUGUUUCAGGACAACAGAAUAGUCUGCAGUCAUUCUUUGGUGUAUUUCUCAGUCCAUUGCCUUGACUAAUUAGUGUCAACUUGUCUGUUUUAAAAUUUAACCAAAGUUUGGCGGUUAACUGCCAGUCAUCCUCAGACUGCUACAUUAUCCAUGGAAAUGUCUCAAACAAUCAGUGUCCACUUGCUAACCAACUUCUUCUAUUACAUGGUGUAAAUAUUGUUUUUCAUUUGCAUUGGUCAGGCUUGUGUAUUGUCCUAAUGAAUACAAGCAGUUUUCAAGUUCUGUACUACCAAAUGACAAUCUGAAAACUGAUCUUUCUUAGGAUGUACUGGCUUUAAUUAAUACUGUACUUAUUUGCAAUGGCCACUGCUUAUAUUGACGAAAUAUAAAUUCUCGAAUGCAAAAGGUGAUCUUUCUUCAAAUACAGAAUUGUUAUCAAAGAUCAAUCAAUAAACUUUGUUUCUCGUAAUCUUGUUUCUUUUGAACUGUUGCAGGAUAUAGUUUCUUUACUAAUGCCUACAACUGAAAUAACAAGUGAACUAUGCCCACCAUUC